GUGCAUCAUCAUCCUCCACCCUCAGGACCCGAUAACUUCUACCUGAACUCCCACUGAGUGAAAAGGGUAAAAGACUUGUGAGAAUGACCGACCUGGAGACCUCGAUGUCGACCAUCAUCGCUGUGUUUCAGAAGUACUCCGAGAGGGAGGGAGACAAACACAAGCUGAAGAAGAGCGAGCUGAAGGAGCUGCUGCACGACGAGCUGCCGGACCUCAUGGCGCAUGUGAAGGACCAGGCGGCUCUGGACAGCCUGAUGGAGACUCUGGACGCUGACGGAGACUCCGAGUGUGACUUCCAGGAGUUCAUGACCUUCAUCUCCAUGGUGACCGUCUGUUGCCACGACUACUUCGAGCACGAGCACGAGGACGAAUAAAGAGCAAGGGGGGCUACAGUAAAUUAUACAAUAGAAGAAGAAUAAGCCUAGCAACAAGCAACCUGCAGGGCAUUGUGGGAAAACUAGUCACUGCUGUGGUUUGGCUGCAAAACAGGUCUGACCCACAGAUUAAAAUCCACCUUCUGUUUUAUUUUAGAGGAUAAAUGUCUAGCAAGUCUUUGUCCUAUGAAAUAAUGUUCCCAAAUAACCAAACUGUACACUCAAUUACGUUCCUAGGGAAACUGAUUUGCUCCUAGUUGUGAACACGUUCCAUUACAGGACAAACUAAACUACCUGGUUACCACGGUUUGGAUUCAAUUGCCUCAUUUUGAACUCUUGUUGACUAUCAGAUAUUGAAAGUGAUUUGUCCGUUUGUUGUUGGCUAAAAAAUGUAUUUCAGCAGCUUUUGAUUUUCAGCUAAUCUAGAAGCCUCUUUGCAAUUCAUAAUUUAGGAGUUGACCAGAAAAAUAUGUUUUAAAAUAAACGUAGUCUUCAAGUAAAAUAAGUUUAGAAUGGCUUUUUUAUUGACGCUGGCUUACAGUUAGGUAGAAAGGUAAUCAUAUAUCAUAUAACAAUAAUGGAGUCAUAAUCUAUUUCAAAUGACUAGCUAUUAAUCCAAACAUGUUCAGAUUGAGUCGCCUGUAGCCAACGAUGGGAUGCAACCUGCUAGAUUAACAAAUAAGAAUCUACUUUCACACUCUUCACAUGCAAAGGAAACAUUUGAUAGGUAGAAACAUGUCGAAACAGAGUUUGAUGAUGUGUAUUUUGAAAUGUUGAAUACUGGUUAGAUGUGAAAUGAAUAAAUGAUCAAUGUGU